AGUAGAUUUUGAAACAAGCGCGUCACUCUGCAAGACAAACCGCAUGAUUACGCAACUCCGUAACACGAAGCCAAACAUUAAUUUUUUUAUAAUGAUAGAAAAACAUGCAUUGAAAAUGAGUAAAACUAUUAAAAUAAAAAGGAAAGUGUUAAAUUAAACUUGUAAAAUUAUAUUAUUUGCACGCAUAUUUAUAUAUUUAAAGCUUUAUUUGCUCAAGUGAGUUGACGUGGAGCCGGACCAGGAAGCAGCUGCUUUACACACACUCUCUAUCUCUCUCUCUCUCUCUCUCUCUGUCUCUCUCUCUCUCUCUUUAACACACACACACACACACACACACACACCCAAGGGAGGAAACUGCAACACGCUUUACGGAAAGGUUUAUGUUCUGAACACCCUACAAUGUUGAAAUGAAGAUUGAUGAAAAGGUUGUCAACUACUUUGAAUCUUGCAACUCACCUGUGGACAAAGAGGGAUACCUGUCCAAAAAGGGUGAGAUAAAGACUUCGUAUCAGAAGCGCUGGUUCGUGCUGAAGGGAAACCUCCUCUUCUACAAGGAGCGCCCGGGGGACAGGGACGUGAUUGGAGUCAUUGUUCUGGAGGGCUGCACCGUCCAGCUGUGCGAGUCCGAGGAGCAGUUCGCCUUCUCUCUGGUGUGGAGCGAGCCGGGACUCCGGACCUACAAGUUUUCGGCGGAGGACCAGGCGAGCCAGGAAAGCUGGAUCAAGGCUCUGCUGUCGGCCAGCCACAGCUACCUGGCCCUGCUGGUGACGGACAUGGAGAAACAGUACAGAGAUGCGUUGCUGUUGCAUCCCGGCCAACUCCGCCGGCCGUUCACGAUGCCAAACUUCCACACGUCAGCACCAAACUUUGUGGAAGCAGCAGUCUCCAACCAAAUGCUUCAGCCUUCGAACAUUUCGGUGGCCAGUGCGUUUUCCAAGAAAUCGCCCAAACUGUGGUCUAAGAAGAACUCGAACCUGCCGCCUGUCAGCACGCCUGCUCCGCCGAUGUUGGAGUACUCGGAUUUGUCUUUAGGUCCAGAGGAAGAUUUCAGUAAAAUGCAUGAAGACUUUGGAAAGGAGGUGAAGAAACUGAUUGCUGACUGGUCCAGAAGAAGAGGCGGCGAUGAACCAGCUCUGGAGGAAAGCCUGAUAGAUCUUGGAUAAAGAACUUUUAAGUUCUCGGUUUUUAAUCAUUGUGUUAAAUCUUGCUUGCAACAUUUCAAACCUUUUAUUUCAUUAGAAACGGGAAAAGUUUUGUUUAAUGUAUUUGCUUUGUUCUGUUUUUAAGUUUUCCUCCCAUUCAUUGUUCAAUAAAUUAUCUAUAGUCUUUUUA